CGCUACCGACUCAAAAGUCGUCAAUACCAGGUUCAACUCGCUUUGACCCGGUGGAACCGAGUUUCGAGAAAAUUCACACCUAACACAACCCGACAAUUACAAAAACAGAUAAAACUUGCUCUCGCCGAAAACUUGUAAACACCAGGUUCAAGUUGCUUUGGUCGGGUCGAAUUAGGUUGGAUACUCAUGCAUUUGGACUCAAUUGUCAUUCUCAACCAAAAGGAAAAAGAUAAAAAGAUACAAAAGUGGAUAUAUAAAACUCACUCGCGACCCUAAACUUUCAACACUGCGUUCAACUCGCUUUGAUUAAUAUCAUGUGCACGAAUCCGGGAAAUCGAUAAAAAAAACAAAAAAGACAACGAUUAGCAAGAAAGUAAAGAACACAGGGAUUUAUGUGGUUCACCAACGCAACGUCUGUUGGUUAGUCCAGUGCACGGAGAGAGCCAACUUCACUAUACUUGAAGAGAUUCUUUCGAUACAGAUUACUAACCUGAGAAAUAUUUAUAGUACUUUUCCAAACGGCCUAACCUUAAUCCAAUAUGAUUAUAAAGAAUAAAGUUAUAAACCAUAAUCCAGCCCAAAAGCUCAAACGUAUACAAGCCCAUACAACAACAUUCCCGUGACUUCAAAUCGAGCACAAAUCAUCAACUUUUUCCAGUCACAUUUAACAAUUAACAAUCAUCCAAAGAAAUUAAAGAUGUUCCCAUAUAAACCAAUGGGGAUUUUAGACAUUGAUUUCCUAUGAUGUCAAGAAAGACUCUGGCAUCGGUUUGCCCAAACACACGACGACGACGUAUUGAAACUCCAGGUUUGGAAGUACGUAGCUGGUAGGGUUUAAUUUACUCCACCCUUUGUUGACGAGAAAGAGGGUUUGGCUGCUUUAGACCGCAGGGGAAUCAAGCAAGUUUAUAGUGUCUUGUAGUGCAGAGGAAUACCGGACACGAAGAUACCCUCUCCCUCCUCUAAAUGAACAAAUAUCAACACCACAUCUCUGUCAUAACACUACUAAUUAUGUAACUCAACAACUCCAUCAUCAAUUAAUUACUGAUAAAUAAACAAUAGUGUUGGAGUAGUACUAAUCAUGUACACCGUCGAUUUUGAAUGCAUAUACGAAAUACGUAUUACAAUAUUUGUGUCCACCAGUGUUGUUUGCCGACCAUUCUCAAACUUAUAAGCUCGAGUCAUGACAUGCACGAGUCAUGUGAGGAGGGAGAACGGCUAGAUCCAUCAUAUGCCAUUUCAACCGUCGACAUUCUAAAACUUAUAAGCUUCACGAAUUUGAGUCUCGGAAUAAGAUCAAACUUUUUUCCUUGAAAAUAUAUCUCAUCAAUAAUGUUUAAGCACACAUUAUUAUACUUAUUCUGUAUAAACUUCAUUCAUGAAGUAAAAUAAAAAUAAAAAUAUUAUGGUAUUUGAAUAUUUAUAUUGUCUUUUGAAAUUAAAAACAUACCAUUAUUAGACUUAUCAAGAAGUACGUGUAACAUGCAUUAAUUAAUCUAACCUACCCUAAUUAUAAUAUGAGUUGUACUAACGGGAGAUAAUUAAACUAAAAGGCAAUAAUUAAUCGAGAAUUCCCACACACUCUCUCUACCGUUACUCUUACUACCAUAUCACCACUUGCCUUUCUAUAAAUACCGCACUCUCUCCCUCUACCUUAAUCCACUGCCUCUUCUCUCUCUAAUCAUAGUAUCCCUCCUUCCUCGAAGUGUCUGAUCAUCAUAAUUAGCUUAAGCUAAAUUAACCUCACUUAACGACGUGGUCGUUAAACAAACAAUGGCUUCCAUGACGGCGUUUUCAGCGACGGUCGGUUGCUACUUCCCACCGCCCUCCACCUCCAUAAAAGCUCCAUCCCUUUUCCGUUGCUCCUGCAGCACUCCUGCCGACGGUGGCUCCGCCUUCUCUAGAAAACGAGAGGCGGCCGGCGGCGGUGGGAGUCGGGAAGCUGUCGUCGCUGGCGCUGCCACCCAGGCACCGGCGGCUUUCGUCCCUUCGCCGUCUGGUGACGCCGACGUGAAGAACCACACGGCGUGGACUAGCGUCCGGCAGGAGCGGUGGGAAGGCGAGCUGGCUGUCCAAGGACAAAUCCCUCUCUGGCUGAGUGGGACGUACCUCAGAAACGGGCCAGGGUUAUGGCACCUAGGCGACUACAACUUCCGCCACCUCUUCGACGGCUACGCCACCCUCGUCAAGCUCCACUUCCGCGACGGCCGCCUCGUCUUCGGCCACCGCCAGAUCGAGUCGGAGGCCUACAAGGCCGCCACGAAGAACAACAAGCUCUGCUACCGCGAGUUCUCCGAGGUCCCCAAGACGGACAGUUUCCUGUCCUACAUCGGGGACCUCGCCAACCUCCUGUCGGGGGCCUCCCUCACCGACAACGCCAAUACCGGUGUCGUCAAGCUGGGCGACGGCCGCGUCGUCUGCCUGACGGAGACCCAGAAGGGGUCCAUCGUGGUGGACCCCAACACCCUCGACACCCUGGGGAAGUUCGAGUACACGGACUCCCUGGGCGGGCUGAUCCACUCGGCCCACCCGAUCGUGACCGAGUCCGAGUUCCUGACCCUCCUGCCCGACCUGAUCCGACCGGGCUACCUCGUGGUCCGGAUGGAACCGGGGACCAACGAGCGAAAAGUGAUCGGUCGGGUGGACUGUCGAGGCGGGCCCGCCCCCGGGUGGGUCCACUCGUUCCCCGUGACCGAGCACUACGUGGUGGUCCCCGAGAUGCCGCUGAGGUACUGCGCGGGGAACCUGCUCAAGGCCGAACCGACCCCACUCUACAAGUUCGAGUGGCACCCGGAGUCGAGCGCGUACAUGCACGUCAUGUGCAAGGCGAGUGGCAAGAUUGUCGCCAGCGUGGAGGUACCACUUUUUGUGACGUUCCACUUCAUCAAUGCGUACGAGGAGAAGGACGAGGAUGGGCGCGUGACGGACGUGAUUGUCGACUGUUGCGAGCAUCAGGCUGACACGACUAUUUUGGAGAAGCUGAAGCUGCAGAAUCUGCGGUCUUUUACGGGCGUGGAUGUGCUUCCAGACGCUAGGGUGGGGAGGUUCAGGAUUCCGUUAGAUGGGAGUCCGAAUGGGGAGUUGGAUGCAGCAUUGGACCCCGAUGAGCACGGGAGAGGGAUGGACAUGUGCAGCAUCAACCCUGCUUUCUUGGGGAAGAAGUAUAGAUAUGCUUAUGCCUGUGGAGCCGAACGUCCAUGCAAUUUCCCAAACACACUCACCAAGAUUGAUUUGAUGGAUAAGAAGGCUAAGAACUGGCACGACGAGGGCACCAUUCCGUCAGAGCCGUUCUUCGUGGCCCGACCAGGUGCAACAGAGGAAGAUGAUGGGGUUGUGAUAUCGAUGGUGAGCGAGGCAGAUGGAGGAGGUUACGCGGUGCUGUUGGAUGGUUCCACAUUCGAAGAGAUUGCAAGAGCAAGAUUCCCUUACGGUCUUCCCUACGGCCUCCAUGGAGCCUGGGUCCCUAGCUCCAGUUAAACAAAAUGCUGUAAGAGAGAGCUUUUUGCGACGACUGCCGUAUCGGUUACCAAAAGCUGUAAAAUGGUCGGCAAAGUUCUUUGGCCACCAUUUUGUUGAUUUUGUGACCAAUGGCUCUGGUCACGAGAAGCUCAUUAUCCAUAUAGCGGGAUGAGAAAAAAAAAAAAAAAAGAAGUUAGUGUUAUAGACCAUAAUACAUAAUUUGGGAUACUAGUGUAAGUGGGAAGGAACUUGUGCAAAAUUAGAUCUGCAUAAUCUAUAAAAUCUUGUAUCUUACUGUUCCUAAUUUGUGUUAGUGAUGUUAAUAUUUUUGUUAGGAAGAGUAAGAUACGAGAAUGUGUAGAUUUUGCAGAUUUGGGUUUUGCCCAAGAAUGAAAGUGGUAGUACUUGUGGUGUUCAUUGUGGGUGUUUACUGUUUGUGUAUGUAUGCACCAAAUGGAGGCAGCAGUAUGAAAGACGUGUAGCUCUAGAUAGGCAGCUUCUUUCUAUUUAUCAACUGCUAUAUAUCUCCUUUCAUGUAUGGAUAUCGUCGUCGUUAUUGUAUAUAAAUGACUGUAAGUUCAUCAAUGAAGUUGGUCAUUACGUGCAAAUCUCUCACUUCUUCUUCUUCUUGGUCUCUUGUGCAUGUUGCCUUCGAUAAAAUUACAUUAAUGUG